GUACUACCUGGAGAUCCUCACCCGAAAGAAGUAAAAAGCUACCUCUCCCUUUCUAUUCUACUUCUCAUCAUUUCUCACUAACCCUUAUAAAUAUAACCCCCUCCUUCCUAUCCUCUUUCAAUUUCAUUCUGCACUCUCCCACUUCACUUCCCCAAAAUAUUUGCUUCACUUUCAUUUGUUCAAUACUUCCUCUCCACUUGCACAUUCAUGUUCUAAUUGUUCUUUCAUCUAUUUUAUCGUUUAUUAUGUUGCUUUUGUCAUGUUAAAUUGAUCAUCGCGAUCGUCCAUUUUAAAGGCUUGAAGUAUUUUGAUUUGUGAGUUGUCAAACUACAUAAAUUCCUUGUUGGGUAACAAUUAUUCUCUCAAUUUCUUCAUUUAUUCAUCUUCAAAAAAUAAAUGUGCAUGACCAACAUCAAAGAAAGCCUUUUUCCAAUAGAGCGCAGGCCAAGAAUGCUUCUCAAAGAUUUCCUCGGUGAAAAUUCUAACUCAUGUUCUUCAAGUGGUUUCAUAUCAUUUCCAAGACAGUUACCAUCCAAUCCAAGCAAUGCCCCCAAAACCCAAAACUCAUGUUCAGAAAAUACCACUACCAUUUCCAGAAAACUACUCAGAAGCAGAUCAAGGGCUGCCUGGACCACAAUCUCAGCAUUCCACUCUCUCAUGAAUGCAGUUAAAAACAUGCCAUUUACCGCGGUAAAACCCCCCUCGUUUUUACCUAGAAGCCUCUCAAGGAGGCUGCUGCAGUCAAAACAGAACUCACCAAGAUCAUCAAGGAAACAAGGUAGUCAAAGCCAAGUCCAAAUUACCGUGAGAGUCAAGGACAUCAUACGGUGGACAUCCUUCCGCGAUGAGAAGUUGCCUCCACCUCCACCUUUGGAUUAUGUUUCUUCACCUCUGCACUGUACCUCAAGCACCACCAUAACAGGCUCCACCACCACAUGUACUACGUGUAGUAGUAAUAGCAGCAGCAAUGGGUCGAGCUGGUGUGACAGUGAUUUUACCUCGGAAUUUUUACCGCCUUGGGGUGGCAACUCUGACCCUGACUAUCAGGAGGAUAGUAAAAAAUAUUCACCAUGUGUCGGCAGGGAUUCCAUGGAGGCUACAUCAGGGACAGGAAGUUACGCCGCAUUGGGACCCAAGGUUGAGCUACCACUGUGUGAUGAAGAAGAUGAGCAGCACAGCCCAGUUUCAGUGAUUGGUUUUCAAUUUGGGGAAGAUGAAGACUCGUCAUUUUCAAGUAAUUUUGAUCAAAGCCUCGCCAAUAUGGAGAGGACAAAAGAAAUGCUUAUGCAGAAGAUCAAGCUCUUUGAGAGUCUUGUAACAGUGGAUCCUAUCAACUUAGACACAUCAAUGUCGUUCGAAGAAAGAACCAACUUUGAAGAAGAUGACGAAACAGCAGAAAGGGCAAUGGAGCUGUUAAAUCAUUGCAAAGCAAGCUGCUCAGACCUAAAGAGCUGGGAGCUGGAACUAGUAGAAGAUCAACUAUUGUUUGAUUUCUUUAGAGAAGAAAUGAGUGCUCAAAGAAAUAAAAAAGAAGAUGGGUUUAAUAGGGAAAUGAUUAGCAAAGCAAGAGUUUGGAUGAGUGGGGACUGGGGAUCACUAGAGCACAACAAGGAAGCUUGUGUGAGAGAUAUGCACGAAGGAAGGAGGUGGAACAAGUUUGAGUUUGAGCAAGAGGAGCUGGGUUUGGAAAUAGAGAUUGCCUUGUCAGAGUAUUUGGUGGAUGAGCUUUUGCUUGAUCUUUUAUCAAGAUAAGAAAUCUACCUCUUGAGAAGGACUUUGAUGCAGGGAAAAUUAAGGGAUUAUUUUUUAAUUUGUAAUAAAUUAGGAUAUAUAGCAUGAAAACCCUAAACUCUUAAGGAAAAUAUUAAAAGGAAAUAUUACAAUAUCUUCCUCAUAA